AUGACGAACAACAAUAACCUCAAAGUCGUCUUCGGAGCCAUGACAUUUGGCAAGCCAGACACACUUGGUGCCCGCGUCCACAACACCCAAGACGCCGCUAAGAUCCUCGACAUCUUCCAAAGCCACGGACACAACGAAGUCGACACAGCCCGCAUCUACGGCGCCGGCUCAUCCGAAGAAAUCCUCGCCGCAGCAGAAUGGCAAAAACGCAAACUGGUGAUGGCCACAAAGCUUUACCCCAGCAACGCCGCCGUCGCAGAGAGCUACACGCACCAACCGGCCGAUCUCCGCCGCGGUCUCCUCAAGAGCCUCUCAGCCCUAAGCGCCGACAAAAUCGAUCUCUUCUACCUUCACGGCCCCGACCGCAACACGCCCUUCGUCGAUACCCUCCGCGAAGUCAACCGCCUCUACCAAGAAGGGUACUUCACGCGCUUCGGCCUGAGCAAUUUCAUGGCGUGGGAAGUCGCGCAGAUCUGCGAGCUCUGCGUCGCAAACGGCUGGAUCAAGCCGACGGUCUACCAGGGUGUUUACCACGUGCUGCAGCGCAGCAUCGAGCCCGAGCUGACCUCGUGUCUUCGCAAGUACGGCAUCUCACUGUAUGCGUUCCAGCCGCUGGCCGGCGGGUUCCUAACGGGCCGGUAUGCGCGGGAUCAAACGGAGUUCGAGGCGGGAUCGCGGUUCGACCCGAAGAUUCUGCAGGGGGCGGUGCAUCAGAGAAGGUAUUGGAAUGAGGCGUACUUUGAUGGCCUGGAGGUCAUUUCGGCGGCGGCGCGGAAGUAUGGAUUGACUGUUGGGGAGGUGGCGUUGAGGUGGUUGAAGCAUCAUUCGUUGCUGAGAGGGGAACUCGGCGAUGCUAUUAUUGUGGGAGCGAGUAGUGUGCUGCAUUUGGAGAGUAACUUAAAUGAUUUGGAGAAGGGGUCUUUGCCGGAUGAAGUUGCCCAGGCCGUGGGAGAUGCUUGGGCUUGCGUUAAAGGUGUUGUGCCCCCUUAUUGGCAUUAA